UCCUCCCUGCUCAGCGGCGCUAGGGAAGGAGAAAGUAGGACGGGGGUCCCCGUUGGGCUGGGCGCUUUCGGGGGCUGCUCUUGGGAGGGCUGGAGCCGCGGCCGGGAGGGAGGGAUCUGAGAAGGAGUUGUUGCUUUCGCCGACGCUGACGCCUCCUCGGUGAAGCGCCUUCUGUGUUUCCGCCCGGGACGAGUCCAUUGGUUACAAAAUGGCGGACGGGGAGCUGAAUGUGGACAGUCUUAUCACCAGGCUUCUAGAAGUGCGAGGAUGUCGUCCUGGAAAGAUUGUACAGAUGACAGAAGCUGAAGUUCGGGGUUUGUGUAUAAAAUCACGAGAAAUUUUUCUUAGCCAGCCCAUUCUCUUGGAGCUAGAAGCACCACUGAAGAUCUGUGGUGACAUUCAUGGCCAGUAUACAGAUUUACUUCGAUUAUUUGAAUAUGGAGGAUUUCCACCAGAAGCUAACUAUCUUUUUCUGGGAGAUUAUGUGGACAGAGGCAAACAAUCCUUGGAAACUAUCUGCUUGUUACUUGCGUAUAAAAUAAAAUAUCCUGAGAAUUUUUUUCUCUUGAGAGGAAAUCAUGAGUGUGCUAGUAUAAAUCGCAUCUACGGAUUCUAUGAUGAAUGUAAACGAAGAUUUAAUAUCAAACUCUGGAAGACAUUUACAGAUUGCUUUAAUUGUCUGCCUAUUGCAGCAAUAGUAGAUGAGAAGAUUUUCUGCUGCCAUGGAGGAUUGUCACCAGAUCUGCAGUCAAUGGAACAGAUCCGAAGAAUUAUGAGACCCACAGAUGUUCCUGACACAGGCUUGCUUUGUGAUCUGUUGUGGUCUGAUCCUGACAAGGAUGUGCAAGGCUGGGGUGAAAAUGACCGUGGAGUUUCCUUUACUUUUGGAGCUGAUGUGGUCAGCAAAUUCUUGAACAGACAUGAUUUGGAUUUGAUUUGUCGAGCUCAUCAGGUGGUUGAAGAUGGCUAUGAAUUCUUUGCUAAACGACAGCUGGUUACUCUAUUUUCUGCUCCUAAUUACUGUGGAGAAUUUGACAAUGCUGGUGGCAUGAUGAGUGUGGAUGAAACUUUAAUGUGUUCUUUUCAGAUUCUGAAACCUUCUGAAAAGAAAGCAAAGUACCAGUAUGGUGGACUGAAUUCUGGACGUCCAGUUACUCCACCUCGCACAGCUAAUCCACCGAAGAAGAGGUGAAGAAAGGAAUACAGUAGAAAAUCAUCAGAUCUGUAAAGGACAAAACUCCAUAUAUACAGUAUAUAAUAAGUGUGCACUGUAAAACCAUCCAGCCAUUUGACAACCUUUAUGAUGUCACAUCUUUAACUUAAAGAGACGGGUAAAGGAUCCUUAAUAUUUUCUAGUUGACAGAUGUGCAACACUGUAUUGUAAUAAGUAUACACCAAGUUCCAGUAAUCAACAUAAAGUAAAUCAGAUCUAAACAAAUUAUUUUGGUUGCAUACAUGUCAGUUUUAAAGUUGACCAACAUCCCAAUUUAAGCUUAAUGUAAUAGUUAAAUCAGAUGAGAGCAUGAUGUUUCAUUUGUGUAAUGUGAUCUUACUGUUGCUUGAUUGCUUUUAUUUCUAUUUUGUAGCUAGAAUGAUGGCAAGGUAUCUUAGUAAUGUUCCCUGGCUAAAAAUGAACUGUGGAAGGGAUUUGAAUAGACAGCUGUUGCUGUUCAUUCUCUUCCAGUAAUCUUGCUGACUAAGUGUUUCCCCCUCUAAUAGGAGUCUGGUGAUUAAAGACAAACCAAGCUCAAGCUAGUUCUUACAGUAAUGUUCCUUUUCCAAAGAGACUAGAAAUCAGUGUUUUUUCAUAAAACAAAACUUGUUAUUUAGUCUGCCACUUUGUGCACUGCACCAUUUUAAACUAACAUUAUACUCAUAACAGCACUCAUUCAACUAAAAUAGGUCAAAAGUUGUAUUCUUUGUUGGUCAUGGAAUAUCUUGCAUUAGAUUUUAUUAGCAUGAAACAUUUUUCAGCAUGCUUGGCUUCUUGAUAAUGCCACACUUGCAUUAAAGUACAUUCUGCAUUUCUCAGAAGACGUGAAGAUUCUUCUCCGACAGCCUUGGAAGUGCUAUUUCUCUUCCCUUUUCUUCCCUGCCAACACUCCAGGAGGGUUAUUUAAAUGUAUAUUGAUAAAUAAACAGUAAGGAAACUAAAGCUAAUGGUGGUUGAACUGUCUAAUAUAUCUACAUGAUUGUAAGGCUUAUCUUACAAAGAAUGAUAUCUUCUGGAUUUUCAUGAUCAAAAUUCAUAUUCAUGUAGAGAUUUCUGCUUUGUAGUGUACAUAUAGUAGCAAUAAUUUCUGUACAUGAUCAAGAUUUGAUGCAGUAUUUCUUUUCCUGCUUUCCUUUUUAAGGAUUCAUAUUAAUGAUAAGUGUAAGGUCAUGUGUAAAGUUUGUAAGACAAUAAAAAUUGACAGGUAAAGAUUUCAUUGAAUAGGAUUACAAACUUUUAUUGGACACUGAAAAACUUGUAAGAUUUAAGAGGUAAGGUUACAGUUUGUACCAUUCUGUGCGCAACAAUAAAUGUAAAACUUUAAUUUUGCCUUUGCAAAUGUUACACUGAGGAUUUGAAUCUUGCAUUUUAUAAAUAGCACGUAUUAUGCAAGUGAUUUCUGCUAAGUGAAGUUCUUUAAAUUUAAGCCUCUUUUCUAAUUCCAUUUUGUUUUAAACAUUAAAUGUAGUUUUUUUUUCCAUUUAGUAAAGUUGUUUAAUUCAUUUGAA